CAAAAAUUUUUGGUCUGUGAAGUUCGUGCGGAUGAAAUUCGGUUUAAAAGCAGGCGAAAAUAUGCAAAAUAAAGUGAAAUACCAGUGCCUCGCGGACGAGGAGCGCGUCAGCGAAGCGUUCCGCAGCCUGUAGAGCCCAAAUAGCCGCCCUCAAUCUGGUAAUUUCGCGGCGAAAAGGUGCGUUUUUCGUUUCGCUUUUCGCAAGCAGGAGAAGAAGCAGCAGCAGCAGCAGUACAAACAGCAAAGUGUAGUUGUGAUCGAAAAUCGAAAGUGUGAAGCGUUUUCUAUAAAUAGUGCAAAUCAAAAGCAAAUUCCCAGUGCAAACAAAGGGCAAUAAAAACAAUAAGAAAACCCGGGGAUAGAGCGAACAACAUAACAACGCUACAGAUACAAAUAACUGGAGCGGUCGCCCGAUCUCACAGAGCGCGCGCUCUGCCCAAGGAAAGCAGGAUUAUCUGAAGGGUCGCCCAGGCGAGGAUCUGCAAGAUGUCCUCGCUGGACGCGCGCAACAACUCGGCGAUGAUGAAGCGGGCGGAGCAGCUGAAGCGCUGGGAGGAGUCCGACACCAACCGCGCCGCGCCCACCCCCCGCCACGAGCACGGGCGCCGCAUCAAGUUCAGCUCCGGCUGCGUCUUCCUCGCCGCCUGCCUCUCCGGCGACAAGGACGAGGUCGUCCAGCUCCUCGACCAGGGCGCCGACAUCAACACGGCCAACGUCGACGGCCUGACCGCCCUGCAUCAGGCGUGCAUAGAUGACAAUCUGGACAUGGUGGAGUUUCUGGUGGAGCGAGGUGCCGACAUAAACCGACAGGAUAAUGAGGGCUGGACGCCCUUGCAUGCCACUGCCUCCUGCGGCUUUGUGAGCAUAGCUCGGUACUUGGUGGAAAAUGGCGCUGAUGUGGCCGCUGUGAACAGCGAUGGCGAUCUGGCCCUGGACCUGGCCAUCGAUGUGCAGCACAUGGCCAUGAUCGACUACAUGGAGAAGAUGGUGCAGGAGCUGAACAUCAAUGUGGAUGAGGCUCGGAAGGCUGAGGAGCAAGCGAUGCUAAACGACGCCAAAAAGUGGCUGAGAAGCGAUGCCGCCGAGGUGGACAGACCGCAUCCCAAAACGGGAGCCACCGCGCUACACGUAGCCGCCGCGAAGGGCUACACGAAAGUGCUGGGCCUGCUCCUGGCCGGUCGUGGCAAUGUGGAUAGGCAGGACAACGAUGGCUGGACGCCACUGCACGCAGCAUCACACUGGGGUCAACGGGAAACGGCCGAGAUGCUCGUGGAGUCACUGGCCGACAUGGACAUACGCAACUAUGCUGGGCAGUCAUGCAUCGAUGUGGCCGAUCGCAAAAUAGUCAAAUUCCUGGAAGAACUGCGGGCCAACAAGCGCAACAAACGGCGACCAUCUAGUCAAAUCAGCAGAAUCUCAGAUACGAUUGAAAAUCACGUGGACAAGACGCCCACCAAACUGGUGCGCGUCGAAGUGAGAACUGAUGCCACAAAGGAUGCUGAGAACGUCAAGCCCAAUCAGCAGAUCCAUGCCGCCGAACAUCCAGUCGAGGAGGAGGCGCCCUGGCGACGCAAGCUGCCACGCACACCCAACGACAGUCCCACUAAUAAUCAAGUUCCUGAUAGAGAGCUUAGCAGCAAUAGCUCGGAGACCGCCAACGACGUCAUUUUGCGGCGCACGCAAAGCUUUGAGAACGAUCAAAAGUUCUAUCAAAAGUACAAUGAGCUGCGGGCACGCAUAAAGGCCAACUCCUGUCCCAUUCUGCCGGCGAAUGCGAAUGCUAAUGCCGCUGCUGCCAAUAAUUCCAAUAACAACAAUAAUCUUAGUAGCAAUAACAACCAUAAUAACAACAAUAACAACAACAAAAGCGAUCUGCUGUUGGGAUAUGCUGCUGGCACAACAACAAUGACAACAAGCACCUCAACAAGCACAACAACAACAGUCAGUACAUUCAACAACACACACUCGAACACCAACAACACAAGCACACCACAACAACUUCAACAACCAGCAGCAGCAGCUUCGGCAACAAAUCAAUUAUAUAGCGUACAAAGAUCGGCCUCACUCAAAGAUAACUCAAUGUAUUACAGGAAACCGAACGUUACGAUUGCCACGCCAGCAAGUGCGGCUGCCCCGGCAAAUUCGGCGCUCAAUUCUCCAUCGACUGUACAGACCCCACCAAUUCGCAGCCAAGUUACAGCGAAAUUAUCAGAAAAGAGCAAUAAUGGCAGCUCGUCCACGGCCAGUGUCAGCGAUGUGGAGAGCUCCAAGCCACCGCCCAAGCAAUCCGCGGGCAAUAUUAUCAAAAACUUCUUCAAAUCCUUUGUGCCACCGGUGCGCGACGAGGAGAGUGAAACGCAGCGAAAGGCACAUGCCAAGCGCGUGAGGGAGACCCGCCGGUCGACCCAGGGCGUGACUCUGGACGAGAUCAAGAGUGCCGAGGAGCUGGUCAAGAAGAAGAACAUGGGCAUGGCCAACAACAACAACAAUAACAACAUCAGCACCACCACCACGAACACCAUCAGCAACAGCGGCAACGAAACAAGCUCAGCAUCAUCGACAUCGACAUCAGCUCCAACAUCAUCGAUCCUCGACAGCAACGAGCAGCGGGACGAGUCGCAACCGCCACCACCGCCCACCACACCACCGCCAGCCAUAAUUCCCACCACGACGACGGCCACCGAUGAGACGGAGAUCGAGGAGGUGGUUACCCAUCCUCCUCCGGCCGUCCAAAGUCUGAACGAUACCACUGCUAGUUUUACCCUAUCCGCUCCGGUGCGAAGAUCGUUUUCGGGCGAGGCCGAUGCCAACAGUGAUCCCGAGGGGGAUCAGGAUCAGUCGAUGGUCAGUGCCAGCUACACGAUAAUGCCCAGGCGGGAAAGGCUUCCCGAAAGCACAGAGAAUGCGGAGAGUACUACAACUCCCCAAAAGACUGACCCAGUUGCCAAAAGUUCCAGCGAGGAGAAGGCCGAGGAGCCGCCGCAUGCCAGGCCCACGGACCUGCCACUGAUCCCAGCUCCUGCGGCCAGCACAGAAGCUAUCAAGUCCUCUUCGGCGGCCACCACGCCAGCGGCCCUCGAGAGUCCAGUGCGCCUGCGGGACAAGCGAAGUUUGACCGGUAGUCAGGAGUCGGAGACCAAGUCCGAUACCGCCUCGCCCGUGACCUCGCAUCCGGACUUCAAUGCCCGGGACUCGCUACUUAGUCUGUACGCCCGACGCACAACGGAGAGCGGCGCGGGAGGUGCUGGUGGUGGUGCAGGUGGUGCGAGUGGAACUGCCUCUUCGUCGUCCACUUCUGCAGCAGAACGGCGUCCGUCUUGGCGCCUGAAAUUCGAUGCCGGCUCCAAGUUUAAACUGGAGGACAUAACCAGCGGGGGCACUUAUCCGCCCAACAACAGCACCAUUAUACCGAGUGCUCCGGCGGUGAUGGCAGCCGUCAAUUUAUCAACUACAACUGGAGUCCAGCGGCGCAUCAGCAGCGGUCCCAAUGCACUAAAUGCUUCCAACCAGUCGCUCAACUCUGUGGGUCGUCCUGUUUCCGCGCCCAGCGAGGGCACAAACAACAGUGCCUAUGUCUCGCCCUCAGCUCGAAAAUACGAGGCGAAUGCCACGGCAACGGCGGCGAACUCAACUGCGGCCGCGAGCACUAACUCAACCUCCAAUUCAGUGUCUGCAACCAGUGCCAAUCAUGCAACGGCUACGGCAACUAACGCCACGUCAAACCAUGACGAUAAGGAUAACGACAAGGAGAACGAUAAUCGCACACAGACCGUCAUUCAGAGGCGACGCAAGCCGAAGCGCAGAUCAACGGGCGUGGUGCACAUCGAUAUGGAUGAACUGGACCCCGAGCGACAGAACGAAUCGUCCAACAACGACAACGAGGAGAAGGAAAAGGAGAGUGGCAGUGAGCGGACUUCCCGCUCCCGACUGGGCAGCACCGCGAGUACGGCCACCACGAGCGAGUCGAAGAGCUCCAGCAGCAACGACAAGGCAGAGAACGGCGAUGGCAUUGACUACAAGGCGCUCUACGAAGCGGCCAAAUUGGAGAACGACAAGCUGAAGCAGAUAAUCAAGCAGAAGGACGACGAAGCCGUGCAGACACGUGCAACGCUCGAGAGAUUCGCCAACGCCACAACGAAAAAUUCACUAUCUGAACUUGAGAAACGCGAAAGAAGAGCUAUGGAACGCAAGCUUUCCGAGUUGGAAGAAGAGCUCAAGCUAUUGCAGAAGCUAAAGACUGAGAACGAUCGUCUGCGAGCCGAGAAUCGGGCCCUCACGCGGGUCGUCUCCAAGCUGACCACCUCGGCUCAGAGUCAGCUGGCCAAGACCAAAUAGACGCAGAUCAAAAGCAUUUAGAUUGCCCAGCACCAGCCCACAUACACCCAAAAUUCUCACGCCUCCUGCUCACAAGCACUAUGUCGCGAUUAUCGUUAUAUCGUUUCUCUCAGAGCUGGAAAAAUAUCGAUUUUCUUAUAGGUAAACAUCGAUAAUCAAUAGCACCGAUGUUUUUCUUGCUCUAGUUUCUUUUACUCAAUUCUUAACACACCUCGAUGUCGUUGCGAACUAUAAAUGGAUAUUUAAGCCUAACCAAAUACACGAUAACUAAAUGUAUUGUAGCUAAGAUAAGUUAUCAUUGAACUCAUUGGCUUCGGACUGGUCACUGGUAAAACGUAAACCUUAAAAACCACUAUAUACUACAACUCCUUGGGAGUUACUAUAUACUACAGACAUAAAAAACACAGACGCAAACUUCAAAAGUAGUUAAUUUUAAAUAGUAAAAUAUUAAUCUCACGGCUUGAUCGUUUUUGGUAACCUUAAUAUGUGGUACGAAAAAGUGCUUGCGAAUUUAUAAUGUAAUUAUUAUCGAACUAUAUCAUAUGGGAACCACAGACCACUGUACGGUUGAUAAGUACGUCAAAAUCAAAAGUUAGCCCACUACCGAAUCAAAAUAGAGCUCAUCGAAACCAACGAGAUCAAUCAUCAAGCCCCCACCACCAGAAAUAAACAGCAUCAGCAAGUAGCGGCCCAGGAUCUGGAGGCUACGUAUAGGUCUCCAGAAGUCGAACAUCAGGGAGUGCGAAGUUUUCUAGUUGGUGAUGCUGGAAGAUUAAUGCAACUCGAUACCUACAAGUCGGAUAAUCAUCGCCUGAAGGAGGAGAACGCCGCGUUGAUUAGAGUAAUUAGCAAAUUAAGUAAAUGAAAUUGUGUUUUACUUUCAGUGUAUGUAUGUCUGAGAACCUUUAUCAUCGAGAAGCAACAGUUUUACUUUAUUUACCAGCUGCAAGAAGGCUGAAAAAGAAGAGAAUGUUAAAGCGCAAUGCGAUGUAAGCGAAAGCGGGAUAUUGGCGUGAAAUUUGCAAAAUUUGUUUAUUAUUUGUGUUAGGCCCUAAGAAUUAGGUGAAACCAUGUUUCAAAUAUCGUUGAGAAUUGUUUCGUUCGUUUUUAUAUGAAAAGUAAUAAAAUCUUAUGUAUUUGGUCAAAUUUUAUAUACGAAUAGAGCAAAUUAUAAAUAAACUUACACAAAUCAAGCUUAACUAUAUUUACAUAAACAUACGCGAAGUGUAAAGCGGUCAGAGGAUCGCAAGAAAUGAAUGAAAAACAAAAACCUUUACAUACAAACUGAGAACAUAUUCAUCAAAUGAGCCCUAGUUACAUUACAGAUUAGUUUAACUACAUGAUAAUAUACAUACGUAUAUAAAUAUAUAUAUAUUUUUUCAUAUAUAAAUUAUAUAUACACAUUGCAUAAUAUAUAUUUAAAUCAACCGAAUCAUAAGUUCAAUAUUUCAAUGUGUAAUAUCAUCGAGGAUCCAGGCCGCCAGUUGAGGGAGUCCGGAGAUGUGUCGAAACCAGCCCACGCGUCAACUUACUAAGUGUAAUCGUUAUCAUCCAAUUGUAAUUGUGUUUAGUGCUUCGUAGAUACAGGCAUCGGUGAAGCCAUCGAAAGCUAUAGUUGUGUACCAUAAAACUGAGGAGACUUUGUUGCACAUGCUCCAUGGCGCUAUCCUAUAGAUAAAGAUGGAUUCUUCCACCGCAGAUGCACUAUUAUUUCUAUUAUUUGAGUACCUUAGUUUAAGCAGGCACUUUUAGUUCUCUCCUUCACUUCGAAACGUAUUAUAUACAUUACAUCGUACUAUAUUUUACUUUCGCUUAUAACGAAACAAAUGAUCAUACGCAUAUUUCUGUUAUUUAUUAAAUUCGCCUAAGAGAUUUUGUGUUACUCUACUCGUAAAUGGAAACGAUAAUCAAGCAUAAACAAACGUAAAAACGUGAAUUGUGUAAUAUGUAAAAUUGUGUGAGAAAAUAUUUAAGAAAAUUUGAUUCAAAUACGAAACUUAAUAAAUGUGAUCGCAAGCAA